AUGGCGGACAUUGAGACGCUCAAACAACAAAGGGCUCGAUUAAUAAAAUCCAUCGCGCUUAUUCAAAAUUUUAUUAAUAACUUUCAAGAAGGAGAUAGCAAACAUGGCUUAAGCCUCAGAAAAAAGAAAUUAGUAAAGAUUCUUCAAAGUUCAGAAGAAAAUCAAACAGAAUUAGAUGUUAGAUGUCCAGUAAGUUACUCAAGAGAGUAUGAGGAGUUAUUUGAUUUACAUUUUGAAUUGUCAGCUCAAAUUGAAGAUAUUUUAGAAAGUAGCUUAAAUGAAAAUAAACCAAAUAUAGAUUUGAAACAUAGGCAAGUUAAUAUCAAACUUCCAGACAUAAAUUUACCGAAAUUUAGUGGAAAUUAUUCAGAAUGGAAUUCAUUCAUAGAUAUCUAUAAUUCACUUAUACACAACAAUGAGCAAUUAUCAGACGUUCAAAGGCUUCAUUAUUUAAAAGGGACAUUAAAAUGA